AUGACUCCUAGGGGGAAAAAGUUAGGCAGAAGGCAGAACGUCGACGGCAUUCACAUUACAAACACGGGCCACUGCACUAUCAAAAUUACGCCCAGUAUAAGUGGUUACGUGAGGCGGGGCGGACACAGCGUACCACGCGCCGGAAGAGGCGGGACUCAAGCGGGGCUGGCGACGCGACGCCGGGGAGGGAAGCUUCCGCCCUCGUUCUGCCAGGCUUGUGGCCACGCCCAUGAGGGCCCCAGGGGCGCCUGCUCCGGGCAGGUGUUGAUGCUUCUUGGAGAGGCUGUGGCUCCGGCACGGACUGCUCUGGGAGGCGGAGGAUGGAUGCAGGUUUAUCUGCAAUUACAGUCUAUUUCACCUACGCCAGGAGUGCCGCCGCCGCCGUCGUGUCACGCUAUGAACAAGGAUCCCUCGAGGGGAGAAGCCGCUCUGGGAGCGGCGGCCGCCGCGACACGACUCGGGGAGCCGGUAGGACAGGUACAAAUGAGUUGUGAUGGAAACUUUGAAAAUGUAGAGCUGGGUGUCAUAGGGAAAAAAAAGAAAAUUCCAAGACGAGUUAUUCACUUUGUCAGUGGUGAAACCAUGGAAGAAUAUAGCACUGAUGAAGAUGAAAGCGAUGGUCAGGAGAAAAGAGAUCUUUUACCUACUAUUGAUCCGACAAAACUUACCUGGGGUCCCUACUUGUGGUUUUACAUGCUUCGUGCUGCCACAUCAACACUUUCAGUGUGUGACUUUCUUGGAGAGAAGAUUGCAUCACUUCUGGGUAUCAGCACCCCUAAGUACCAGUAUGCCAUUGAUGAAUAUUACCGGAUGAAGAAAGAGGAGGAAGAGGAAGAAGAAGAAAAUCGAUUAUCUGAAGAGGCAGAAAAACAGUAUCAGGAGCAGCAGAAGCAGCUCCAGAGUGACUCCGUUGUUCAGACAGACCAGCCAGAAGCCGUGGCAUCAAAUUCUUUUGUUAACCUCAAUUUUGAAAUGGAUGGAGACUGUAAAGUAACUAUGGAAAAUAAACAAAGUCUAACCCCUGUUAGCCGUAACUUAGAAUAAAAUGACUUGGUAAAAUUCAAA